AUGGCCCUCCUCGGCAACGCGGGCGCCGACGACGGCAACUGGGUCAUCCUGCCGGCGUCGGCGCUGGACCGGAUCUUGUCGGUGGGGCUGGGGUACCCGAUGCUCUUCCGCGUCCAGAACGCCGCCACCCUCGAGGCCUCCCACUGCGGCGUGCUCGAGUUCGGCUGCGAGGAGGGGUUGCUCGACGUCGUCGAGGCCACGCCCGCCGACGCCGUCUCCACCCUCGACACCGACUGCGAGGUCGACUUCGCGACGCCGCUCGACUACGUGGAGCCGCCGGUUGCUCCCGCGCCGGUGAAGGUCGCCGCCGCCCCAUGCCAGGACUGCGCCCACGGCGGCGAGCGGCGGUUCGCCGGCGUCGGGAUAAGGAUGGACGGGAAGCCCGUGGAGCAGACGCCGCCCCCUGCGCCGGCGCCGGCGCCGGGAUCUUCGGGCAAGGGGAAGAGUGCUAGUGAGAAUGUGCUUCGGUUCUUCAGCGGCCGCCGCUUGCCGCUCCCUGGCGCCAAGUCGGCGAAGAAGGUGGACGGCGAGGAGGACAAGGAUGCCAAACGGUUCGCCGGCCAGAAGUAUACCCUCUAG